AUGGCGAACGGCCGCGCGCCCCGCAGCAGCCUCACGAGUCCAAAGCACGGCUUCACCGGGUGGUCGCUGCCCCAGCCCCGCCGUCCGCCUAGCUUCGGGGCCGCGCCUCCAGGUCCCUUCAGUGCCCGCCCCGGGCGCCCGCGCCACAGCCCGAGUGGCGAGCGCCACCCGGACGCCGCGCCCACCGCCGGCGCCCCGCCCACGACCGUGAUUACGCGCGUCGCUCGGGGCAGGUCUGCCGGCUGCUGCGGCUGGAGUUCUGGUGCAGGACCCGCCCUGGGCGGCCGCCCCUCCGGGAGGGACCAGUGGCACGGGGCGCAGAUGCCCAAGAGCAACAGGGCCAAUCAGUCACGGCCCCAAACUGAGACGCAGUUUGACUCGACCCUGGAGAUGGAGUCUUUCCUCUGGGAUGACUUUGGCCCUUUGAUACAGAAUAGGGCCAUGGAGCAAAUCAUUACACCAAUGACUAUCCAGCUUUGUCAUCUGCUCAUCUCGGUGGAGAGGAAAGAUGUACAGAAAGAAGCACUUGCCUCCGUGCAAAAGGCGGCAGAGGACCUGGCCAAUGCUAGUGCGGAGUUUGUGCAUGUUGCCAGCAGGCUGGCGGGAGACUCUGAGGAGGAGUGGCUUAGGGAGGAAAUGCAGCCAGUGGCUGAGUCUUUGAUGCUCUCUGGAAGGAACAUCCUGAUGGUAAUCCAGAAGCUCCCCCUGCAGCCGGAAUGUCAGCGCCACUGGGAGGAGCUAGUGAUCGCUGCUCAGCAGAUCCUCGUGGACACUACCAAGGUCUUGCUCCUUGAAGACAGAGCAAUGGCGAGGAAAACCGUGCUAGCGGCUGGUUGGUGCCUGACAUUCCUGGAGGCUCUGGAGGCGGUGGAGGACGCCCCUUCGCUGCGCGCCUCCAUCGCUGACCUGGCGUCUGCACUGCUGCGACUGGGCGGCCUGACUACACGCUGGGCCCGGGACGAACGCCUGGGUCGAGUUCGCCACCGGCUAGGGUGCUGCAUCCCAGCGCUGCUCGCGGCCGCCCGGGGCCACCUCCGGCAUCCUACUGAUCCGCAGGUGGUGGCCUCUCGGCGACGCGUCAUUACUCUGACCAGACAGAGUCUCGGAGAGCUCCUGGCUGUGCUGCAGCCCAGAGUCUCAGAGCACGGUGCUCGCUCUCAGAAUGGUGCACUGGCACGUUGUCUGCAGAAGCUGCGACAGGUCCUGGAGGAGCCCGGGCCAAGCCACCUGCGUGGUGGGCUGCUGGAUGCGCCACUGGCCACCGUGGUAUGGCACUGCCUGCGCCUCGCCGCCUGCUCCGCGCCACAGGAGAGGAUGCACUUAGUGUACCAUUGCCGCCAGCUGUUGCAGCUCCGUUCCCGGGUGCACCGGCCUCCCCAGCCCAUCCCAGGAACAGAAUGCAUAGCUCUGAGGGCUGCGACGGACACGCUCUGUCGGGAAGUCCGCGCUGGAUUACUGCGCCAGAUUCUGGAUACUUUCACAGAUACCCAAAGUCCUCUAGAGAGGCUGGUCCAGGCCGCCUUGGCGACUUCCACCAUCAGGUCCAGGUGCAAUAGCGAAUCCUUGGCCGAGACUCUCCAGCUUCUCCUUGAUGCUUUCCACAACCAAGCCAAGCAAAUGAUCCGAGUGGCACACUUGGUCUGGGUCUUCUGCCCCCAACAGCAAACUGGCAGAGAUGUGGAGGCUGCUGUGGCAGGUCUUUGGGGGCUUGUGGUCAAAGCCAAGGAACUCUUUUCACAGAGUCCCCAAACACAUGGCCUGGAUUGGAGCCCUGUCACCCUGCAGACUCUGCUGGAGGCCUGGGCCAGGGAAUCCCAACACCUCUUGGCAUGCUUUGAUGUCGUUCUGGAUAUUCCUGAAUUCCUGAGUUUGUCCAUCCAGGAAAUGACUAACCACUUGGACUUGUACACAAGUGGAGCAUCCAGAGAGUUUUCCGAAUCUGUGGCAUUCCUGUGUGGAAGAGCCACACACGUGGUGCAGGUGAUGAGCAGGUAUGUGGGUCAAGACCCAGAUCCCAUUUUCCGAAACGGGAUGAGAGUCGUGGUUCACCAGCUGGCACAGUCUUCCUUGACGCUGGCUGCGGCCACUGAAGGUGGGGACAGCACUCAGGACACCGGUACCUUUGUAACCAUGGCAAAACAUCUCAUCUAUUCAGCUCAGCAAGUCCACGAGGGGCUUGAUGGGACCAACCACCCGGACAUUCUCAGCCCGCUCCGAUUCCAAGUCCAAAGGUUUGACAUUGCUAAGGGAUGGCCUUAUUUUAUACUCCCCAGCUUCCAGCAUCCCACAAUGAAAUCCCAGCUGGUACCUGAGUUAGGGGAAAGUGGCACGAAUACCUCUUUCCUAGCAGUAGAACAACUUUACUACACAGUGGUCCCCAGCACCUGCAAACGGGGGUGUGGCUCUCCAUCCCUUGCUGUCAGCGAAAUCAUCAGUGCUGCGGAGAGCCGGGAUCAUCAGGUAGUGACCUCAUCCGGCACCAACAGGCCAGAGCAGGAGUCCACUAUGAAUACAGCCCAAGAAAUCCAGGCUGGGGAAGAACCCCUGUGGCCAGGGAGGAUGACAAGACUACAUGAAUUCUCAACAGUAGUACCAUUGAUUACUGACCUAGCCAGGGAGGAAGUCCAUAGCACAAAUACUAGACGAGACAGUCUCCUGGAAAUGGCUUUUCAGCAAUCUGGGAGGACCAGGGAAGCCAGGCAGGCUUUGGUAGCCAGGGCUGGUGACUGGUACCCUCUGUGUCAACAACUAUUUUACCAUAACCUAACGGCUGAGUUACCAGGGAGCAUGGCAGCGUUUGUGGAGCUUCAGCAGAAUUUGGCCUCCAUGGUUCAAGUAGCAGCCAAAAGUGGCCCUGUGAAUUUGAAAGAGAAGAGCCCUGAUCCAAUAGGGCACCCAGGAAUGCUUUUCGAGCUGCAAGGCAUGUUGGAAAAAGCAGAGAUCCAUGCUAAACAGCUGUUGGACCAAGCUGUGUCCUCUGAUAGUCUCCAAGCCCCCUGGUCAAGGGAGGAGAAUGUUGACAAUGAGUGUCUCCUAUGGGCAGUGGCUGUCCAGGACCUGAUGCAGUGUAUGGGAAGACUCAGUAGGAGACAAGGGCUGUUCCUACUUCCCCUGAAACAAGCAGUAAAGAACCAGCAGGGGUUGCAGGAAGGAUUAGAUCAGGCAACAGAUGUUUCUCAAAGGCUACAAGACGCUGCAGCACUGUCUAGUGCUCUGUGUGCAGAUGAGCAGGUAAAGGGCGAGGUCUCCUUUUUGUGUGGGGAAGUUCAUGUACUCACAGAUGCCUUGUUGGAGGUGGCACACAUCUUGGUCUCCUCCUCCAAGCCUUGCCCCAGCCUCUCCACACGCUUUGAGCUUCUCUGCUUGGAGCUCAGCCUCCAAGCCAAGGCCCUGACUAGCUACCUGAGCAGCAUCAACACUGUCUAUGAGGACAUGUUCCAAGAUGUUGACAAGAGCUCUCCGGCAAGGAUGCUGUCUGUUAUCCAAACUGUGCAGGGAAUCAUAGCAGGAGGCCAAGAGUCUGCAUCCUUCCAGGAAGACCUUCUUGUGUCUUUAGAGAGCAUCCUCAUGCUCACUAAGGAGGUGGCCGAGAGAGUCCCUGUGCAACAAGAACACCCAGAGAAUCAAGAGUUGCAUAUGCUGGACUGGCUUCGGUGGGAAUGGGCAGCCAAGGCCCAUCAUGCAGUGACUCAGCUCCAGGCCUUGGAAGGUGGUCACACUGAGGCCUGGAGACUCCUGGUCCAAUGCUUGAAACCCAGGGAGGAGCCAGCAAAGGCCCUAGAAGAGGAUCCCGUCCAGCUACAGCCUCACUGUAAAGAGGGUGCAGCAGGUACCACUGCAGGAGACAGUAUAGAUUCUCAGGAUGCUGUUCCCAAAGGCACCCUCGAAGGCCCAAUGGGGACCUGUGCUGAUGAGCAAGCCACCACCAGGACCACCACAGUAGACAUGAGCAUGUACCAGAGCGGCAUCCCCUCUCUGCCUCCUGCUCAGAUGGACCAGACCGUUCCAGAGGACGGCUGUACAGAUGGCGAGAACAGAAUCACCCAGAUCACACAAAAGAUGGCCAAGGAGGUGCUCCUGAUGGCUCAGAGCUUGAGGAAGAGAGGGCGAAUCCUGACCAAAGAUCAGCUCAUUGCCUCAGCCAGAAGAAUCUCAGCUUCCGGAAAGGACAUCGCCAGACUCAUUCAGAUCAUUGCUAAGAACUGCAUAGACCAGAGAUGCUCCCAGGAACUUUUGUGUAUGGUGGAGCAGAUUCAAACCCUCAGCAGCCAGCUCAGCAUCAUCUCCAGUGUGAAGGCCUCCCUCGAAAGAAGCAAGGCCUCUGAAGAGCUUCUUGUGGACAACGCACAGCGGCUCCUCCAGGCAGUCUCCAAGACUGUGCAGGCUGCGGAAGCCGCCUGUCUUCGGGGUUUGAGAUGGCUUUCCUCAGAUCCAGAGGAGCUGGAGGUUGCUACCCUCUGCACACAGUGGAAGAGGAAACUACUACAACACCGACUUCAAGAAGCCUCAAACGAAGACUGUGAUGAGCUGGGCUUACGAAAAACUAGCACAAGGAACCUCCCAGCGUUGGCAGCAUUAUAA